UACUCUCAGCUGACGAGAUCAGCUUGCAAAAGCAGAAGUAGAAAACACAUGCAUGUUUUCAUUUUUGAUCCAACAUUAUUUUCUACUUGAACAAAAGUCACUUUCUCACCAGAAGUCUGAAGAUCGCUCGUGACAUCAUGAUCAGUCGACGUUUCUCAUCUACUAACAUUAGUGUGACCAACAGAAACAGACUGAAUGAGCUGAUCAUCUGAUGGACAUAUGAAGCUCAAAGAGCUAGAAAGCUGCCUUCAACAGGUGGAUGGAUUCGAGGAGCCCAAAAUACUCCUGGAGCAGUACCCCACCAGUCCGCAUAUAGCGGGCUGUAUGUUGUACACCAUCCACAACACAUUUGAUGACAUUCAGAAUAAACUAGUUGCAGACCUGGGCUGUGGAUGUGGGGUUCUGUCUGUAGGAGCUGCAGUGCUUGAUGCUGGACUCUGUGUCGGAUUUGACAUUGAUGAAGACGCCUUGGACAUAUUCAAAGGAAAUGUUGAUGAUUUUGAACUGUCAAACAUUGACAUGGUCCAGUGUGAUGUUUGCUCUAUUGGAUCCUCUUACGCCAAGAAGUUUGACACGGUCAUCAUGAACCCACCAUUUGGCACGAAGCACAACCAGGGCAUUGACAUGCAGUUCCUGCGGACAGCGAUUUCUAUGGCAAGUACAGCAGUGUAUUCCCUUCACAAGACCUCAACACGAGAUCACAUUCAGAAGAAAGCAGAUGAUUGGAAAGUGAAAAUGGAAGUCAUUGCAGAGCUCAGAUAUGACCUGCCAGCAUCUUAUAAGUUCCACAAAAAGAAGUCGGUUGAUAUUCAAGUGGACUUUAUUCGAUUAACUCUAACAUAAACGGCAAAAAGAAAUUUGUGUUGCU